UUGGCGUACAACCCUAUUGGAUCCUUUCCUUCCCAACGAAGGCAGCCCCGCAAUGGGUCGCUCGUCUUCCUCUCCGCCUUUCUCCCCCACACGCUGUCAGCCACAACCGCCUCCUCCUCUUCCUCUUCUCCGCACUUGUCACCCCCUCUCCCUCAAGAAUAUCCACGGGACACCGCUCAGCCUCUUCUCCGUCUUGGUGCUGAGCAAGAAGAUGGGGCGGAUCUGGGCGUCGGCUCCCGUGCCACUUCCCUGGAACGAGGGAUCUCGCCAGUGUGAUCUCCCUACAUGGCGAGGAGGAGGGGAGGACCGCAACAUCGGUCAGAGAAGGUGGGGAGGAAUGGAUGCCAACAAGGGAGGCGGCUCAGCGUUGCCCACUCCCCACCGGCCUCCUUUGUCUCCCAAACACAUAUGGCUGCAAUCCUUCCUCUGCUCUGGUGUCGUGGGAGCAAGAACAAGGGCAGAAAUGAUUUGUAUCUACAUCCAGUGUUCACACGGCCAGAUCGAUGGAUCUGCCUCAUCCAGAUCUUCCACAAGGGCACGAGGUGGUGCUGAAGUCGGCUAGGAGGGGUAGCGCCGUGAUGAUGCGGAAGCGACCGGGGAUCAUUAUCUAACACUGCAGAAACAGAACAUUUGGUUGUUCUGAUCACUUAAAAUUGCUCCAGUUUUAAAGCACAUUAGGAAUGACCAAUCGAACGAAUAGCAUGGUGGAUGGUGACUUGUUCACUCACUGUCUAACUAGCGUAUGUUACUCUAAAUCUUUUUUCGAUCAAGAUGAAAUAGGUUCAGAAAAGAUCUAGAUUAAACAGUUAGCCUAUCAUGCCUCUGACUAGUAUAAAUAUUGUUUGUGUUCUUCAGUCAU